CGAUCAACAUGACUCUGAGCGACUGGUACGCGAACCGCGAGCUACUCGUAACGGGAGUCACCAGUGAUGUGGGACGAGCUCUUCUCGACAAGAUUCUACGUUCGUUCCCCGACGUGAAAGUCUACGCUGUGAUUAGAUCCCAGAACGAUUUCAACAAAGACGAAAGGAUCAAGAAGAUUUUCCUCUCGACGCGAUUCGAGAGGCUGAGGCAGGAGCAGCCAACUGCGAUUUCUCGCGUGAGGGCGUUGGAGGGUAAUUUGAUAUACAAUGGACUGGGCAUGAGCAAGGAGGACAAGGAACUGUUGCUGAACGUCAGCGUGGUGUUUCACGCGGGCGGUCCGCACGACGCGGUGUUCGAGUUUUGCCAGACGCUGCCUCGUCUGGAGGCAGUGGCCGCCGUUUCGAGCAUCUUCCGGCACAGGGGUCAAAUCUCCGAGUCGUUGCAGAACGAACGCGUGCCCGACAUACCGGUGGCUCUGGUACGAGUGCCACUGAUCGGGCCACCGUAUCGCGAACCUAUGCCCGGCUUCGUCGACGUUUUGAAAGGAUCGACAGCUUUCAUGGUAGGGUCGGGCAUCGCCCUGGGAAAGUCUGAGUUUCCAGCGGAAAUCAUUCCAAUCGACCUGACGGUCAACACCCUCAUCGCCGUUGCAUGGGAACGAGGCAUCGGGAAAAACGUACAGAGAACGAUGGUGUAUAACGCAGCACCGAUCGGAUGCACGUGGAACGACCUGGUUAAGAAAGGAGCGCGAGGCAACCGACAUUUUACAUACCCGACUUUUGGAUUUCGCGGAAUGACGUCCGUAGCAGCCUUGUAUUGGGUUCUGGUGCUUAUUUUCGAAUGGUUGCCAUCCGCACUCUGCGACACGUUUCUCGGUCUAUUCGGAGCGAAAAAAAGGCUUCUACGAGAGCACGAGAGAGUUCGUAAUGCACUUCGAUCCCUUGAGUCAAUUUCAUCGAGGCCGUGGUCAGCAGAGAGGAAUCGUGUGCACCUGCUCCAACGACGUCUCUCCCCAGAAGACCAAGAUGCAUUUCCGGUUACCGCGGAAAUCGACAUCGAGAGUUACAUUCUCUGCACGGCCGCUGCCACCAAGAAGUAUUGCACCGACGAAACCAACGUCAAACUCGUAAGAAUAUUUCGACAGCUUUUCUUCUUCGUCGUUGCGGCUGCCCUUCUCUACGUUUACUACUCCUAUAGGCAUCACGCGCCCGUUAAACAACGCGGACUCUAAGUCGGUAUUGUUUAUUCAUACCUUUACACGUUAAGAGUCAUGAACUAUGAACUUAUCGUCCUGCAAGAUAAUAUACAGUACAUAUUCGCGAAUAUAGAAAUGCUCUUCUUCGACAUCGGAUCUUUGCACGCGUUUGAAAACGCUCAAUUGGAAGGCAAGAAGAGAAAGAUAUUGUAAUUAGAGAGAUAAAGUUGCCUUCCGUAUCUCCAUUGUUGGGUUUAAAGACUCGUACAUGUUCCUGAAUAUUAUUAGACUGUGUAUAUAUUUUGCAUCGCACGAUUCGUACCAUAUUUUUUUAUUGUUCGAAUGAGUUUGUGUGUAUGAGCGAAAGAGGAUUUUUGUAAGUCUAGUAAUAUAAAGUAUAGUAAUAUAAAG